GAAAAGAAAAAAACACGGCUCGCGUCGUUCACUUCAAAGAGUCGGCUCUAAGAGCCGUUUCGUUCGCGACCGACACAUCACUACAUCGCGCACUUAUUUGAAUGACGGAAGGAGCAUAUUUUCUGUAUGAGAUGACUGAAAAUGAGCAAAGUGUACAUCAACAGCUGGUAACUUGUACUAAAAUUAUCGGUACCAGCCUUCUUUGUUCACUACAUUAAUAUUUGCUAAGCUAACGUUCAGGGCCAACGCUAACUUGUUAGCUACUAGUGCUGCUAACACUGCCUGUGCCUGUUUGCUUGAUUAGGAUUAUAUUUUUAACUGGACGUUUAUUUAUCGACUUUUUACAGGAAGUACUUACAGUAAGGACUUAAUUUAACCACUUUAGGAAGUCUAAGGUGAAUGAAUGUGGUUUGGCUGAUUAAAGAAUACAUUAAACGAAGAUUACCAAGUUGUGUUGAGACGCCAAAAGAAGAGCUUUUCACUGAAGCCCUUUGGACACUUGUUGAUUUCUUUCUGUAGACUGAACCGAUGAAACAGAUCCCGCCGAGAAUAAGAGUCCUGCAGAUUUGGUCCUUCUGGACAAGAAGUCAGCUGCUGAGCUGAGGACAACUCUGAGGAUGAUGCUCACAGACUCCGAGAGAAGGCAGGCCCUGAUCCAAGAGCUUGUUAUGUCCAACAACCAGCUCAAAAUGGAGGUUCAGGAGCACAUGAGCCGAGCAGCUCAGCAGUCUCAGGCAGUCCAGCAGCACAGCCACACACAGCAACUGCAGAAGGAAAAACUGGAAGCACAUAGACGGUGUGAGGUUCUAGAGCAAAAGCUGUUGAAACAGAAAGAGGAGGCAACCCAGCUUCAGAGGAAACUCCAUUUCAUCACCAAAAAAGAAGAGCAGCGAUUGGCUUUGCAGCGUCAAACCUCCCAGCAGAGGUCUCCUGCAGAUCAACAAGGUAACUUCCUGUCGAGCUCGCCAAAACAAGACGGCACAGCUGAGAUUAGCGAGCUUAUCAGUGACCCAGCCAAGGAAGCCAGGCUGUGUGUCUACUAUCAUCAUCUGUUGAAUGAGAUAAGUGCAGUUGUAGCUGAUCAUAAAGCUCCUUUGAGAGUGCACAAACUGGAGCGGUCUGACUUCCAGGAUGUCCUGUCUACACUGAAAGUGUGGGCAGAGCAGCUCGAUCUGCUGAAGGGUCUUCAGUGCCGUUUAAAAGAACUGUCUGUCAGACUAAUGCCCUUACAACCAUGUGAUGGUGGUUAUAACACUGACGAAGGAGCAGAGGUUGGAGACAUGAUGCUGCUUGUAGACGCCAUGCUGGAAAAUGCCUCAGCUGAUGAUAAGGUCCUCAGAAGCCCCACUCGACACACUCUGGAGUCCAUGGUGUCUCAUUUUCAGAAGCUGUUUGACGUCACGUCUCUGAGAGGAGUGUACCCCCGUAUGAAUGAGAUCUACACUAAACUGGGAGAGAUGACCAAUGCCAUGAGGAACCUUCGAGAUAUUCUUGAUCUAGACUGUAGUGUUUCUCCUGCUGAAGUUGUGAAACAUGUGUCCAGACUGGUGUCCUCCACUGAAAGCAUGGCGAGGUUCCCUGAGCUGCUGGGAGACAUUGAUAUUGACAGCAUCAUCAUGAAGGUGAAACAGCACGAGGAAUUCUUCCCUGCUUUCCAUGCCCUGGUUACAGGAAUCUUACAGACUCUAGGAGUGAGCCACCUAGACGACAUCCUGCCAGCUCUGAAGGCUUUGACAGAAACAGCACAGUGACCUGGAUCAGCUUCUUGUUUUUAGUCAAACAUCUAUAUUAUAAGCUGCCUUGAAAGCAUGGCUGAUACUGUUUUCACCUCUGUGUGGAUGAUGCCAACAGGUUUUUACACUUUUGAUACUUUACCAUUGUAAACUUGACAGGAGUAGAUGAGUUAAAGGCACGACGUGAUGGUGGUGGUGCCAUAGGAGGUGUGGUCUCUGAAAAUCAUGUCAGUACUUGUGUUUGACAUGUGUACAUAGCUGUAACAAAAGCAGGUCCCAAAUAUGGGAGGAAUAAAGCAUUUGUCAGUUAUUAGCA